AUGAGUUCCCCAGACCCAUCAUUGUUUGGCCUUGCGCUCGACAAGGUUCCUCGCGCUGACUACCUGUUGAAGUUUCUCAAGGCCAACCACACCCAGGCCAUCAGGAUCGUUCUCAAUCUUCCCAUCAUCGUCAUCAGCAUUAUAGAGUACUUGAUUCUCAACAACUUCUUCCUAAAACCUGCCAUAUUCAGAAAGAGCGGCAACUCCCGUUCCAUAACCAUCCUCCAGAAAUACUUCAACACCUUCUACCAGGACUUGCUCAAACAGAACAUCGAUCUCAACCACAUCGACCCAUCCAUUCUCAAAAGCGUCUCAAUCAACAGUAUCAAUGACCACCAAAUCAAGUUGCAAAAGGACCUCAUCCAACACAACGCCAUCAUCAGAUCCAACACUGCUGCUCAGAACUCAAACAAGUCUGUCAACAUCGAAGCCUUGAAAAACAAAAACGACUUCAAAUCGAAAAUCCUACUUUUCUUCUACAAAUUGUUUGGUUCCAACAACAACGAUUUAAACAAAACAAAAUCUUCAAACUCGAAUAUCUCUCCCAACAACUCAGCUUCAAAUUUCCAACAAUACUCAAUUCUCAAUUCUGAAAAAGAUAUCAUCCAGAUCAACCCCUACGAUGUCGCAAAUCUCUUCAACAGAUACUUGAACAAAUUACCUUGCCCCAUCAUCACCAACGAAAUCACCUCAGUUUUGAUCCAAUCCAUCACUGAAAAUGACAAUCUUAUUCACCUAACCGAAUUUUUGAAAAAGAACUCAAACGUUUCGCUAUCACUAAACAACUUAAAUGACCAAUCUUCAGCUUAUUCAACCGACAUUCAAAAUCUCUUGGACACGAUAUCCUCCAUUUUUUUGAAAGAAUUGCCCAAACUAAACUUCCAUUUGCUAAUCCUCAUGAUCGAUCUAUUCUCUGGCUUCAAUGGUGACUCUAGAAUCAACCAAAACGAUAUAUACCAAUCCUCCAGGAUGAACUCUUACAACAUAUCUAUCAUCUUCCAGCCCUGUUUUUUCACUAAUAAACACUCUUUCAACACCUUUGAUCUAUCCAACUUUAAAAAACAGUCUCAACCAUCCCAACCAUCCCAGUCUCUCGUCGAUAAUCCUAACAUCUCCAUCCCACAAGAAAAGAAAAAGGUUUCAUUAAAGGAUCUCAUUGAUGCAUCCAACAUGGACGAGUUCAAUUACCAAAAAUUAAUUCUAAAACUACUCAUUGAUAACAAAUCCUAUUUUUUCAAUCUGAUUUAUAAGAUUUAUAAAUCUGAUAUAAAUCUUCAAUCUAAAAAGCUAUUUAUUUUUAUUGAAUACGUUCUUUCCAAUAAUAAUAUCCCAAAUAAUAAUAUCCAAAAUUAUCGUAUACAUCCAUCUCGUAUUCCCCCAGAUUAUCCCGAACAUCCUGAUUCAAAUAAUAACCAAAACAACCAAAACAACCAAAACAACCCUAAUUUACCUCAACUUAUGGGCCAAAUCAAUUUAGAAACUUCAUCAAACCAAUUCAAUAACCAUGAUCAAUUUCAAUUUGAAAAACAAAACAUUAAUCAAAAUCAAAAUCAAUUUCCUACUCCAACUCCAACUCCUAUCCCAAUUCCAAUUUUAAUCCCAGCUCAAAAUCAACUCACAGUUGACAAUCAACAUUUAAACACCUUUCAAAAUCAUUCGCCCAUUCACACUCCAAAUCAAAAUCAAUUUCCAAAUCUCUCUCCAAUUCAAACCCAAACUUCGAUUCAAUCUCCCAUCCAACAUUCAAAUUAUUCCUCAAGCUUAAAUGAUUUGAUAAGCAACCAAAAUCAAAAUCAACACCAAAAUCAAAUUUAUAUAAAUUAUCCCUGCCAAAAUAACUCUCAACAUUUUAUUCAAAACAAUUCUCAAACUUUGACUCAAAGCCCAAACAUUUCUCAGACUUUUACUCAAAACUCAACCCAAAACUCAAUUCAAUAUCCAACUCAAACCCAACACCAUAUCCAAAACCCAAUCAACGUUAACGCUCCCAAUUUUGCUCCUUCCAACCCAGUCCCUGAUCUGACUCAUAUUGGCUAUCCUCCUCAGAAUGAUGCUCCAUAUUUGGCCCAGAAUUCUGUUCAGAAUUCUGACCACACUCCUGAGCAAACUCCUGAACAGAAUCUUAACCCCCCUGCUCAUCCCUCUGCUCAAGAGCCCAUCCCACCAACAAUACAAUAA